AAAACGUAGAAGAAGAAGGGGAAAGUGUUUACGUUUACCCACUUCCGCAGCGCAGUAACGUUACCAGUAUAGUGCUCAAAUCACUUUAAGAGUUUUCGAUUAUGCUUCUCGUUUAUAAUUAAGCUUUAGAGCCGUUUGGCAGACAAAAAACAGUUAAGGUGUUUUUGUUGUAUCGCGAGUGUUUAGAGUCUGUUCACAGGCAAAGCUAAAGCUAGCUUUCGGUAUUAGCAACGGAGGAUCGGAUUUUCUCCGCGCAGUUUUUUUUUUUCACUUUUGAAGUACCUAAUAUCACAUUUUAGCUUUAGGCAGUCAUGGCCACUCGGCGUCUGACCGAUGCCUUCUUGUUAUUGCGGAACAAUGCGAUCCAAAACCGGCAGAUAUUGGCUGAGCAAGUGAGUACAUACGAGCCCCGUCUGAGUACACGUAGCAAUGCUGCGGAGCUUGAUGAGUUGGCUGAUGAUCGAAUGGCUCUGGUGUCCGGCAUCACUCUGGAUCCUGAGGCUGCUGUUGGAGUCACAAAGAAACUUCCCCCCAAAUGGGUGGAAUGGGUUGAUGAGAUCCAAUAUGAAAUCACACGAGUUCGGCAGAAGAUGAAGGAAUUGGCUUCACUACAUGAUAAGCAUAUGAAUCGUCCCACACUGGAUGACAGUAGUGAGGAAGAGCAUGCAAUAGAAAUCACUACUCAGGAGAUUACACAGAUGUUCCAUCGAUGCCAGCGAGCUGUAACGGGGUUGCAGGCUCGCUGCUCUCACUGCACUGAGCAGGAGGAGAGGCUGUUGAGAAACGUGGUCUCGUCUCUAGCACAGAGUCUGCAGGAGCUGUCCACCAAUUUCAGGCAUACACAGUCCAGCUACCUAAAACGAAUGAAGAAUCGAGAGGAGAGAUCAAAACAUUUUUUUGAUUCAGGCCCCCUAAUGGAAGAAGAUGAUGAUUUGGCUCUAUAUGACAAGGGCUUCACAGAUGACCAGCUGAUGCUGGUGGAGCAGAACAUAGUUAUGGUCGAAGAACGAGAGAGGGAGAUCCGACAAAUAGUGCAAUCUAUCUCAGAUCUAAAUGAGAUUUUCCGGGACAUGGCUGGAAUGGUGGUGGAGCAGGGCAGCAUUCUUGACAGAAUUGACUUCAACGUUGAGCAGGCUUGUGUUAAAACAGAAGAUGGAUUGCAACAGUUACAAAAGGCCGAGCAGUAUCAGAAGAAAAACCGAAAGAUGCUGGUCAUUUUGAUUCUCUUUGUCAUAGUCAUUGUUCUAAUUAUUAUUCUUUUUGGAACAAAGUUUUAAGUAUGCGUUCCUGUGCUCUUGUUUUCUCUGUGUGGGUGUUCAAUGUGUGGACUUGGUCUCAGUUCUGCUGAAAACGAUGCUGACAUCUGUUGGUGCCCAGCAGAAAUCUUCUGAAUAAUUCCACAUCUCUUCUCCAAGGGCAUUUUGGCACUUAGAGAUGGGUUUGUGAUUAAUUUAAAGAAGCAAUUGUCUGUAUAAGCCCUCUCCUGUUUUUUUGUGGUUUUUUUUUUGGCCAAACCUCUCUCUUUCUAGUGCAAGAGACAACAUUUUUAACUUGAACUGCAAAUUUAUUUUCAGUUCCAUCUACAGCAACGUCCUGCUUCAGUAUUACCCCUCACGAAAGUAAAAGAAAAUAUAUAAAACUCAUCCAGUACCAAAAAUAUAGUGAUUUAGGCACCAUGUUUCUCCCCAAUUUGAA